UUCGACGGAAGUUGAAAGCGAAGCAACGGUCUUCCUCCUCGCACGCCUCUCUCUCUCUCUUUCCCUUACAUUUAUUUAAGCCUUCUCUCUCUCUUUUCCUCGCUUUUCACACCUCUGAUCACUCCCUCACUCUCAAACAUGUCCGCCGAGAAGGAACGAGACACUCAUGUUUACAUGGCCAAGCUCGCCGAACAGGCCGAGCGUUACGAAGAAAUGGUAGAGUGUAUGAAAAGUGUUGCAAGGCUUGAUUGUGAGCUCACUGUGGAGGAGAGGAACCUCCUCUCUGUGGGUUACAAAAAUGUUAUUGGUGCUAGGAGAGCUUCUUGGCGAAUUAUGUCUUCCAUUGAACAGAAGGAAGAGUCUAAAGGAAAUGAGAAUUAUGUUAAACUCAUUAAGGGUUAUCGUCAGAAGGUUGAGGAGGAACUCGCUAACAUCUGCAAUGACAUUCUCUCCAUUAUAGAUAAGCAUCUUAUCCCCUCUUCCACCUCUGGGGAAGCUACUGUUUUCUACUACAAGAUGAAGGGUGACUACUAUCGCUAUCUAGCUGAAUUCAAGACUGAUCAGGAUAGGAAGGAGGCAGCUGAGCAAUCACUUAAGGGUUAUGAGGCUGCUUCUGCCACUGCAAACACAGACCUGCCUUCAACUCACCCAAUUCGUCUUGGUCUUGCGCUUAAUUUCUCUGUUUUCUACUAUGAGAUCAUGAAUUCUCCUGAGAGGGCUUGCCAUUUGGCAAAACAAGCUUUUGAUGAGGCAAUUGCAGAAUUGGACACCUUGAGUGAGGAAUCAUACAAGGACAGCACUCUGAUUAUGCAGUUAUUGAGAGAUAACCUCACUCUCUGGACUUCUGACUUGCCUGAAGAUGGAGGUGAGGAUAACUUUAAAAAUGAAGAAUCCAAGCCUGCAGAAGGAGAGAGCCAGCAUUGAUAAAAUUGAGAAUCCUUCCUGCACAUGGCAAGGGCAGGCUAGAGUACUUUGCAGAAGUGGCUUCUUUUUAUUAGCUUUUUCUUGCGAGGAGAUUGAGUUUGAUCAAAUGAAGUAGACGCUCCAUGAUGUUAUAGUGGUGUUGUGGUCUUCCAAAGCCUGAUGAUAGAUUGAUCAAUUCUCUUCCUUUUAUCAUUUCUAUUUUCUUAUGGAGAGAUUAUUUAGUGUUCUUAGUACAUAUACAUUAUCUCUCGUAAUCAUGUGUUUCAAGAAUAUUACUUUCAAAAUA